AUGGGAAACGCUGGAAGUAACGUCCCGCGAGAGCGCCAUAAAUCCGGAUCAAACGAUCCUAUUCCGGGAUCGCCGAUGAAGGACGAUCAGGCAUUCGUGUUCGACAGAAAACCGCUGCCUGGCGCGUAUCGAUUUGCCACCGAGGAGGAGGUUGAUCCGUACGCGUACUCGAAGUCAGUCCCGGAACCAGAGUUUACACAUGAACCACGGCAGCGUUCAAGCACCGUGUCCGAGGGUACAACCCCAUCUGAAUUGUCUGCGGGAGCAGGAACUGCUGGAGGGCAGCAAGACGAGGAACCCAAAUCCUCAACGCUGCCGACCGUUUUCAAGUGGGACGGCGGCGGCAAGCAGGUGUUCAUUAGUGGAACAUUCUCCCAGUGGAAGGCGGUGCCCAUGGUCAAAUCACAUGCCGACUUCGUCACUAUCAUCGACAUCCCGGAAGGAGACCAUCAGUACAAGUUUCUCGUCGACGGCGAGUGGAAGCACGAUCCGAAGCUGAAAAACGUAGAGAACGAUUCGGGCUUCACGAACAAUCUCAUAAAUGUGCGUCAGUCAGAUUUUGAAGUAUUCCAAGCGCUGGCCAAGGACAGCGAAGAUACGGGCAAGGACGAAGCUAAGGAAUGGGGUCAAGAUAUUCCAACGGCCAGACCGUGGGGAAAGGAUUCGGGCCCUCCAGUGUUGCCACCACAGCUGCUGCAGGUUAUUCUUAACAAGGACACUCCAUUAUCGUGCGAACCAACCCUGCUCCCCGAGCCAAACCACGUUAUGCUGAACCACCUGUACGCCCUUUCCAUCAAGGACGGUGUCAUGGUGUUGAGUGCCACGCAUCGCUACCGAAAGAAAUACGUUACCACUCUUCUCUACAAGCCGAUCCAGAGUGACGAGGGAUAUCAUUUUACACGCGCCGGCGCCAAAGUGCCUGGACCAGUCUCCUAAAGGCAUCGUUACUAGAUAGGGGAAUAAGCAACCACAACAAACCAAAGCGGACAAGCUUUUUUCGGUGUAUCGAUACAAUGAGUAACCAAUUUUAUAUAUCCUCCCGUACUAUCCCACGGCACCUUGCGUUGUUAGUUCCCCUGAGUUCGCGACUCCUUUAAGGGAAUGGGCGAAAAAAAAAAUCAGGAUAAUGGUUGAGGCAUUCGUAAAAUUUCUGCAGAGUAUAUGAGGUCGCAACUGGACAUAUUUUAUUUUUCACCAUUUGUUGAUUAUAUUACGUAGUUUGUAGAUACUAGAUUCAAGAUUGAUUCGAGAACUAAAAUUAUCAAGGAGAGAUCGACGGUCGCGGUUCAUGGUGAAGUGGAGUCGAAAUUGUUGACUUAGAAUGCCAGGUGAUUUAUGCAAAGGACUCCCUCGAAGCCAUUGUCGAUAGUUUUAUUUGUUUCUUGGAAAACGACGGCUUGCGAAUGAAUUCUCGUGUAAAUACGUGAUGUAUUGGUAAACCGCCAGCUGCUGCGGAUAGAAACGGAAAAUAAAGGUUUUUUCGCUAUUUCCU